CUGCUCGCGCUCUGCGCGCUGCUCGGCCCGCUGCAGGUGACUUUUCAGAUCACCCCUCCGUGUGCCAGCAAGAGGCAUUAUGAGCAUUUUGGACAGUGUUGUAACAAAUGUGAACCAGGAACGUACAUGUCUUCCAAGUGCACUCCUACCUCUGAAAGUGUCUGUCUGCCCUGUGGCCCGGACGAAUACCUGGACACCUGGAACGAAGAAGAUAAAUGCUUGCUGCAUAAAGUUUGUGAUACAGGCAAGGCCCUGGUGGCGGUGGAGCCCGGUAACCGGACGGCCCCGCGGCGCUGCGCCUGCACGGCCGGCUACCACUGGAGCGAGGACUGCGACUGCUGCCGCCGCAACGCGGAGUGCGCGCCGGGCUUCGGCGCCCAGCACCCGGUGCAGCUCAACAAAGACACGGUGUGCCAGCCCUGCCUUGCCGGCUACUUCUCGGAUGCCCUCUCUUCCACAGAAAAGUGCAAACCCUGGACCAACUGUACCAUUCUUGGAAAGACAGAAGUGCAUCAUGGGACGGAUAAAUCAGAUGUGGUUUGUAGUUCUUCUCAGCCAUCUACAAAACUCCCAAACGAGCCCGGGAUUUACUUGCCCACUCUGACUGUUUUGCUCCUCUUCGUAUCCGUGGUGUUAGUCGCCGCCGUCAUCCUUGGCGUUUACUACAGGAAGAAAGGGAAGGCGCUGACAGCUAAUUUGUGGCACUGGGUCAACGAGGCAUGCGGCCGCCUAAGUGAAAACAAGCAUGAGGCCUCAGGCAACAAUUUUAGCUGCGGUCAUACGGAAGCCUCUCGUCAGCGCGAACUACGUGACGGCGUCUUACUGCUGACCCUGGAGGAGAAGAUGUUUUCUGAUGAUACUUGCUGUCCGGUGGGCGGUGGUGUCUGCGGGGGCGCGUGUGCGGGCAGUGGUCCCUGUGCAGCCGGAGAAGAUGUUGGGAUGCUCACGUCUGUCAGCGAGGUCGAGGAGGACCCCUUCAAGCAGAUGCCCAUGGAGGACGAGUAUGUGGACAGGCCCUCCCAGACCCCAGACGCUUUACUCUUCCUCGCUCAGCCUAGCAGCAAAUCCACACCCCCUUUCUCCGAGCCCCUGGAGGUGGGGGAGAAUGACAGUUUAAGCCAGUGCUUCACGGGGACAGAGAACCUGGCGGAUUCCGAAAGCUGUCACUUGGCCGAGAUCCCGUGCGGGACUGAUUGGAUCCCCAUGUCCUCUGAGAAGUACUUGCAGAAGGAAGUGGAGGGCAGUAAUUGCCCGCACUGGGCAGCCUCCAGCGCAGCAGAUGGCUGCGCGGGCUGUGGGAACCCUCCUGCGGAGGGCCAGGAGCCCCUUACGGGUUCCCCAAAAAGUGGACCCUUGCCCCACUGCGCCUAUGGCGUGGGCCUUCCGCCUGAAGAAGCGGCGGAUGGGGCGGAAGGUGGAGGCCAGCCCGCGCGUGGGGCUGAUGUAAGGCCGCCCAGCUCCAGCAGGGGAGGCCCUGGGUCUGGAAGCCCCUCCAGUGACCAGCCACCUGCAUCUGGAAAUGUGACUGGAAACAGUAACUCCACGUUUAUUUCCAGCGGGCAGGUGAUGAAUUUCAAGGGCGACAUCAUCGUGGUCUACGUCAGUCAGAACUCGCAGGAGGGCCCCGCGGGGCCCGGCGGCGGCGGCGCGGGGGAGCCGGUGGGCCGCCCGGUGCAAGAGGAGAGCCCGCUGCGCUGCGACUCGUUUGCGGGCCUCGGGCCCCGCUUCCCGGACACGUGCGGCGCCCCCGACCCGGACAAGGCCUCGCGGCCGGUGCAGGAGCAGGGGGAGGCCGAGGCGCCUGUGUUUUGGUGA